AGACAUGCUGUAUUUUAAUUCGCGGCUUCCAAAAUCCAACCACCCCCGUCCCUCUCUCUUCCUCUCCCCUUCCCUGUCUGUUAGAAGAACCUUUAACAUCUCUUCCUAACAAACACAGACACGAACACGAACACGAACACAUCCACAUAGACAAGGAAAAAAAACACGAAAAAUGCUAGGAGCUCAAUUCCCAGCUCGUACAUUCAGUGGCUUCAAGACUAUGAAGACAACAGAUCAAGGAAAUUACCCGACCUGUCGUUUAAUCUCACCACAAAAAAACCCUCCUUCUAGUCCAUCUUGUUCCUUUCAGUUCUCAGUUAAGAGGAUACGGUGUCGCUUUCAAUGUCCCAGAUCAGUAUCAGUUUCUUGUAAGGCUUCCAGUGAUAGCAGUGGAUCCACUAAUGCUCAUAAUAAUAAUAAUGGUCUUGAUUAUCUCCCUGCAUCCCUUCUUGUCUCAGAGACAAUUUCUCAUUAUCGAAUGCGGAAACAAGGAUUUCAAGAGGAGGUUAGAUGGCAUUCAUCUGGUAAAUUGGUGUUUCCUUUUGGUCUGCAAGAAAGAAAAGAAGCGAGGCCUAAUACAGGAUUAUUAGGACAUGGUUUUCUUCGUGGAUUUCAAAGUCCCACGAUUUUCCUUAAAGUUUCUUGUGAUGGUGACUUUGUGCUGCCGAUUAUUGUUGGGGAGUUUGCUAUUGAGAAAUUGAUAGAUGGAAUACAAGGAGAUGAUAAUGCAGUUUGUGCUGAUCAGUUCCAACUUGUGGGAAAUGUAGCAGAAGAGCUUGGAUAUGAUGUAAAAAUGGUACGGAUUACAGAGAGAGUGGCAAAUACUUACUUUGCAAGAUUAUGUUUUAGCAAGCCUGGGGAAAAGGAUAUUCUUAGUGUGGAUGCACGACCAUCAGAUGCCAUAAAUGUGGCAAGUAGAUGUAAGGCUCCAAUUUAUAUAAGUAAACAAGUUGUUUUAACUGAUGCUAUUCGAAUUGGUUAUGGGGUGGGAAGAGUGCGUAAUUCAAAGCAUAUUUAUGAUGUGUCCCUUGAUAGUGCUGCUGAUGGUCCAGAUUCACUAGUCGAGGAACUUGAUCUCGUAAGGAAUAUGAAUUUAGCUGUUAAAGAGGAAAGGUACACUGAUGCAGUCAUGUGGAGAGACAAACUGAUGGAGCUUCGCAAGUCAAGGCAGGAACAUUAGCCAACUUAAGGAUGUUUUUAUUAUUAAGGCUCCCACUGUUGGCUUGUGGCUGGUCUGUUUGAGCUUGUUCCUAUGUAGUUUCAGAUGAAAUUUGUCUGGUGAAUACUGGUCAGAAAACAAAUAAUCAUGGGCAUUCUUUUGCAUAGCACUUCGAUAGACACAUUCAUGUCAGUUAACAGUCCAAGGGACUCUUGUAUAGUCGUCAGAAGUGCAAAAUAUUGGUAUGUACAGCUUAAACUUGCUUCCAGAAAUGAUAUGCCCACCAUGUAAGUUCGAUCAAGUCUCCCCCUGAAUUGUUGAAAGCUAUUAGAUGAUCAAUUCUCUCUUCCAUACUGAGUGAAAGAUACUAUUGCUGCAGUGACAAAUGUAAACCUUUGUAGAUGAUGUGUAUGUAAAAAAUAGAAAUGAUGUUUCUCAAAGAAAAAGAUCAAGGUGUUCUAUCACCAUGUAAUUCUAA